CAGCAAGAGAUCCCUGCUACGUUGGAGCCUACGUGCACGGCUCAGCACAGGAAGUCCUAGGAAUCAGUGCGAGCCGAGCGCUUCCCCUGAAUGAAUCCAAGUCACCCGGUGGUUGCCUUCUGAAAUGACCGGCAGACACACACCGGCACCCAGGCUGCCCAGAGUGUAAGCUGGUUCUAAAGCACCAUGUCCAGCCAAGGAAGUCCCGGAGCGGAGUUUUCCACCACGACAGUCAGUUCGGUGGCUGUGCAGGCUGGGGACUCUAAAAUCGUUAUAGCUGUCAUAAAGUGUGGCAAAUGGGUACAACUUCAGCUGGCUGAAUCGCAGCCCAAUAUUUUGGAAAUUGGUAGCAGUCAAGAUGAAACCAAAAAACUUCUUCAUGAUCAUGAACUUCUUUUGGCCAAGCUCAAGGCUCUGGAAGAUCGGGUGUGGGAGCUCUUGCAGGAAGCAGACAAGACAGCCGAGGAGAAUAAGGAACAGAGUCGGGUGUAUGACGCCAUGGCCAGUACCCUGGGCGAGGCAUGGGCAGCCCUGGUCUCCAUGCUGGAAAGAAGAAGGGAGCUGCUCAGUUUGACCUCUGAAUUUUUUGAAAGUGCCUUGGAGUUUGCUAUUAAAAUAGAUCAAGCUGAAGAGUUCCUCCAGAACACUCAGGAGUUCGAGACCGCCGAGUCCUUGAAAUCACUUCUUCAGCUUCACGAGCAUCAUACCAAAGAACUCUUAGAACGAUCUCUAGCACUUUUAAACAAAAGUCAACAACUCACUGACUUCAUAGAAGAAUUCAAGUGCGACGGACCUAACGUAAACCCCGCAUUGACUCAGGGAGCUCGUACUAGCUGCCAGAAGAUCGACAGCCUCCUUGAACUUCUACAGGACAGGAGACGGCAGCUAGACAAGUGCCUGAAGCAGCAGCGGCAGGAGCUGAGUCAGGUUCUGCAGAUGUGUCAGUGGGACCAGCAGGAGAGUCAGGUUACUUGCUGGUUUCAGAAAACCAUAAGAGAUUUACGGGAACAAAGUCUAGGUUCAUCACUUUCAGACAAUGAGGAGCUAAUCCGUAAGCACGAGGAACUGAAAGUAAAAGCAAAGGGAUGGAACGCGGCCGUUGAGAAGCUGAAGAGCGAAGCGCUGGAGAUUCUGCUGUCCAGGGACCAUGUGCAGAAGGAGCACCUGCAGCUCUCGAACCAGAAGCUGAACCGGCUGCAGGAAGAAUUUGGUCAGCUCAUCGUGGAGAGGAAAACCUGGUUAAAAAAGGCAAAUGCUUUUUUUAACAGCGCCAAUAAGGCAUUUGAUGUACUUGGAAGAGCCGAAGCUUACCUUAAGCUCCUUAAGUCGGAGGGUUUAAGCCUGCCUGUCUUGGCAGCGAGGCAUGAGGAAUUACACGGGGAAAUUAAAGGCUGCGCAGCUGAUGCUCUGCAAAAGGGACAAGCCCUGAUCAGCCAAGUAGACUCCUGCAGCUCUCGGGUGACCGGCGUCCAUGAGAUGAUGGGGUGCAUUCAGAGACGAGUGGACCACCUGACCGGACAGUGUUCUGCGCACAAGGAAUUUGCUCUUAAGAAACAACAAUUAGCCGCCUCAGUGGAAAGCUACCUAAGGAAGGUGGAAAUGUCAAUUCAGGAAAUUAGUCCAGUACUUUGCAAUGCAAUGGAUGUCGGUUCCAGCCUUCCUGAGUCAGAGGAGGUUUUGUGUAAAUAUUUGGAACUAGAUAUCCAAGCUAAGGAAGCAUCACAUGAAUUAGAAGCAGCUGCAAAACUUGUGACAGAGAAAAAUGAAUUUGAACCUGAUGAAGUGGCAUCGCUUUCUUCUAAAGCUAAAUGGCUAGAGGAAGAAUUAAAUAUACUUGGCCAAAGCAUCAGCUCCAGGUCACAAGUCCUGCAAACCUAUGUGUCAUUUCUAAAGUCAUCAGAGGAGGUAGAGGAGCAGUGUCGGAGCCUGGAGGAGUUUUACCAAACUGAAAGCCUGCGGAAGGAGGAGGACACGGCUGAAGCCAAGCGUCGUUCGGACUCGGCCGAGAAGCAAUGGCAGCUCUUUUUAAAGAGGAGUUUUUCAGUUCAAGACCUAGGGCUCGAGUUCCUUAAUUUAAUAAACGUGGCCAAAGAGAGUGAAAUAGUAGACGUGAAGAAUAAAGUGCACAUUACGAAGAACACUAUGGAAAGCCAGAAGGCAGAGAGGGAGGAACUCGGCCGCCUGCGGAUGGCGUGGCGACGGAAAGCCACUGCCGGCAAGCCCGUGAAACAGCAGUGGGGAGCGUUCAAAGAGCAACUCAGAAAGACUACUCACAACUUAAAACUCCUUCAGGAAGCACUUCUGCCUGUGUCUGCCCUUGACCUUGGAGGGAGCCUCCAGAGCAUUUUAGGACUAAGGAACAAAUGGAACGCAAUGAGGCCUCAGUUCCAGCAACUGAAUGAUGAGGUCCAAUACAUUAUAAAAGAAUCCGAAGAGUUAAGUGGCAAAGGAGCCCCCGUGAAAGAGAAGUAUCAACAGCUGAAGGACCUCAUUCAUCUCCAUCAAAAACAGACCGAGAGAAUCCAAGACUACGAGGACAUCCUGUACAAGACAGUCCAGUUCCACCAAGUCAAGGAAGAGCUGGAACAACUCAUCAGAUCGAGAGAACUGGAGUUUCUAGAACAGCCAAAGGAAUUGGAUAAUGCUCACGAUGCCCAGGUUCGCCUCAGUCGCUCUCAGGAGAAGCAGGCACAUAUAGACCAUCUCCACAAACUGGCCCUUUGCCUGGGAGUGGACAUCAUCUCAUCAGUGCAGCGGCCUAACUGCUCCAACGUGUCUGCCAAGAGCCUGCAGCGGCAGCUGGACGUCCUGGAGGGGGACAGUGUGACCUGGCGUGCCAAGGCCGAGGAGCACGCGCGGACCCUGGCCCGCAGCCUGCAGUACCACACCACGAGGGACGAGAUAAAUGAGCUCAGAGAGUCAUUCAAAGAUAUCAAAAAGAAGUUUAACAAUUUGAAGUUUAAUUACAGUAAGAAAAAUGAAAAAGCUAAGAAUCUGAAGUCUCUGAAAUAUCAAAUUCAACAAGUUGAUACGUAUUCUGAAAAAAUACAGGUUUUGAAAAGGAAAAUGGAAAAAGUUGAGACUAGGACUCCUGAAUCGUUGUUAAAUUAUCCAAAUAAUAAAGUUACUGUCCUUUUGGAAGCCAUGAAGGAUUUGCAGAAACAUGUGGAUGAGUUUGACAAAGUUGUAACAGACUACAAGAAGAAUUUGGAUUUGACUGAGCGUCUCCAGGAAAUGGUAGAAGAGUGUCAUCUUUGGUGUGAAGACGCAAGUGCCACCGUUGUGAGAGUUGGAAAGUAUUCCACAGAAUGCCAGACAAAGGAAGCUGUGGGCAUUCUCCACCAGCAGUUCAAUAAGUUCAUCACGCCUUCAGUGCCUCAGCAAGAAGAAAGAAUUCAGGAGAUCAGUGACCUCGCUCAGCGACUGUAUGGUCUUGAAGAAGGGCAGAAAUACGCUGAAAAAAUAGUGGCAAAACACAGAGAGGUUCUUGAAUCUAUUACUGAGUUAUGUGGCUCUCUCACAGAGCUUGAAGAAAAGCUGAAGCAGGGAGACGCUCUGAAGAUGAGCCUGCAUUUGGGAGACUUCCAUGAUGAUAGCGUUGACCUACUGAAAGAACCAGUGAGAGACAAGCAGACAACAUUCAACAAAGACAUGAACAAGGAGCAAGCGCAGGUGGCAGAUUUGUGGGCCAUCAGCGAGACAGGAGAGGGUCGGCUUCCUCAGGACCUGGCGCAGCUCUCCUCUGGCAAAGCGGGUGGGGCCCACGGCCUGCUCCUGCCUGCGGACAUGCUUCCAGGAGAAGAACCCGAGUGUGCCUCACCUGAUGACAUCUCCUUGCCUCCGCUCCCAGGGAGCCCCGAUUCGCCCCUUGCACCGUCUGACAUGGAGCUGGAGGAACAGGCCAGCCCCUCCCCCAGCCUGCACAUGAACAGCGACAGGAUGCAGACAGGGACCAGCGGUCCAGGGGAGGCCCAGGAGCCUGGCCUUCCACCACCUGCUGCAUUUGCUGAUACUUGCAGUGAUAAGAGGGAAACAUUUUCAAGUCAUUUUGAGAAGCCUUACCCCCAGCUCAAAGCCGAGCCCCCGUUCGCCUCCGGAGGAUUUCUGGGAAAGAGCACUGCCGUCGGCACAAGCAGCGCUAAACCCCGCGAGAGCAUGCGGAGCGAGGUGCAUGGGAGAGCUUUCCAGCAGCACCCGCAGGCUCGGGGGGGCGAGCUGGGAGCACGGGAGGAGAUGCAUGCUGAUAGUAACGGCACUAAAACCCAGCCUAGGCUGCAUGCUUCCCAGGAUGCGAUCUCGAGCCUCGCAUUUCAAUUAGGCCCCAGCCGGGUCUACCAGAGGCAAGCGGUCCCCCAAGAAGAGAUUAGAAGUACAUCAGCCAAGAACAGCGUGGGCAGCCUAGCUGGCCAGGCACCUAAUUUCUCCAGGCUCCUGUCUAAUGUCACUGUCGUGGAAGGUUCUCCAGUGACUUUGGAAGUGGAAGUUACAGGAUUUCCAGAGCCUGCACUGACAUGGUACAAGAAGGGCCAGAAAUUGUCUUCAGACGGACACUUACAGGUUUUACACAAGGAGACAAGACACUCGGUGUUCAUUCCGAAGGUAUGCGGGGCAGAUGCAGGCCUCUAUGUGGCUCAGGCCCAAAACUCUAGUGGCAUUCUCUCUUCCAAUGUCAUCCUCCAUGUGACAGGUAACCGCAGGCCGCCAAUCACACGGAUAAACUGGAUAAUGCUGUGUGUCAUCUAUGUUAGUGUAUCGCUAAUGUACUGGCUACUCAUACAGUAA